AUGGAUGGGGAAAUUUGGGGGGAGAACGGGUGGAAAUGGGAAAAGCCGGAGCGGAUCCUCCGCGCGGCGCCGCUGCGCUCCGUGCUCGUCAUGCCCCCGCACAUCGCCGCGGAGCGGCCGCUGACCGGCGACUACGAGGUGACGGUCGGAGCCGCCGGCGGCCCCGGAGCCUCCCGGGAGAUUUCGGCGCCCGACCUCGGCCACUUCCUCCUGCGCUGCCUCGGCGGCGACGAGUUCGACGGGCAGAGCGUCUACGUCAGCCGCCACUACUGAGAUCCCGAGGGAUCCAGCGGGAUCCAUUGGGAUCCACUGGAGCCAUUGGAGCCAUCGGAUCUAUCGGGAUCCAUCGGGAUCGACGGGCAGAGCGUCUACGUCAGCCGGCACUACUGAGAUCCCGAGGGAUCCAUGGGAUCCAUGGGAUCCAUGGGAUCCAUUGGAGCCAUUGGAGCCAUUGGGAUCCAUUGGG